UCUUAAAGAUGAAGAAGGCUUUACAAGCACUUCUCUUCUUUCUAGUAAUGCUGGCUUCAGCCAAAGCGCUGAGGCCUUCUUCUUCUUCCAUGAUUGGCCUUCAGAAAAGAAGAAGUAGCCAUUGGAGUUAUAUGAAUUCUAUGAGAAGUAAAAAAGAUGGCUUUAUUCCUCCUGACUUUGAGUUGAGAACUUAUUCUCAAACUUUAGAUCAUUUCAACUUUGGACCUGAGAGAUACAUCACAUUUCAGCAGAGGUAUGCCAUUAACUUCAAGCACUGGGGAGGGGCAAGCUCUAACUCACCCAUAUUUCUCUACACCGGAGAUGAGGCCGGUCUCGACGGCGACUUGGUGGCCGGAUUCCCCGUCGAUAUUGCUCCACGCUUCAAAGCUCUCUUGGUUUUUGUAGAGCAUAGGUAUUAUGGAAAAUCUUACCCAUUUGGUUCAAAAGAAGAGGCAUACAGAAAUUCCAGUACACUUCAGUAUUUCAGUUCAGAACAAGCCCUUGCAGAUUAUGCAGAAUUUAUCAGAGAUUUAAAGAAGAGUUUAUCUGCUGAAAACUCUCCAGUGAUAGCCAUGGGAGGAUCUUAUGGUGGAAUGCUUGCAGCCUGGUUCAGAUUAAAAUACCCGCAUGUGGUUAUUGGAGCUUUGGCUUCUUCUGCUCCUAUUCUUUAUUUCGAUGACAUCACACCACAAAAUGGGUAUUAUAGUGUUGUCACAAAGGAUUUUAGAGAGACCAGCAAGAGCUGCUAUGAAACUAUUAAGACUUCAUGGUCUGAGAUUGACAAAGUGGCAGCACAAAAAGAUGGCCUUUCUUCAUUAAGCCAAAUGUUCAACACCUGCAGCCGGAUGAACAAUUCUGAGGACCUGAAAAAUGGAUUGGAGGGCCUGUUCUCUGCAAGUGCGCAGUAUGAUGAUCCGAAGAUGAAGCCAGUCAGUAGAAUUUGUGCAGGAAUUGAUAAGGAACCAAAUGGAACUUCUGUGCUCCAAAGAAUUGUUUCUGGAAUUAAAGCAGUUUAUGGAGGUUCUAAGUGCUUUGACAUUGCUGGCACUGACGAGGAUUUGAUUUCUGGAUGGAGUUGGCAGGUGUGCACCGAGAUGGUGAUGCCUAUAGGUAUCAGCAACAAUAGUACAAUGUUUGAGCCAUCACCUUUCGACCUCAGGACUUUGAGCUCGAUCUGUAAACAAUUAUUUAAUGUGAAUCCACGCCCUCAUUGGAUCACAACAGAAUUUGGCGGUCAUAAAAUUAAGGACGUGCUUAAAAGAUUUGGAAGCAACAUUAUAUUCUCCAACGGUCUUAGGGAUCCAUACAGCAGUGGAGGUGUCCUACAAAAAAUAUCUAAUAGUAUUGUGGCGUUAGUUACGGCUAAAGGGUCGCAUUGCUUGGAUAUAUUGGGAUCAAAUGAUGCAGAUCCUGAAUGGCUCAUCUCACAGAGGAAUGCAGAGGUUAAAAUCUUGGAGAAUUGGAUAGAAGAAUAUAAUGCAAUAUAUAAGAUAAACAAAUAAGUAAAUAGACCCCAAUUUGGAGCUGUUGUGAAGGAAAUGAAUUGAAAUUAUCAAUCAUUGUGAUUAUUUACUUCAAUCAAAUACUCAUCUGAGCAAAUGUAAGGAAAAUCGUGCCAUACGACAAUCAAAUACUACAGAUUAUUAGAGUUCAUUUAAUGUAACUAAAACUGAAAAGAUAUGGUUAUGGUCAUGCAAGAAAAAUGCAAUCAUAUUUAUUUUUUU